AUGCCUCAUGAUAAAAUGAUAGGGUGUCCAAUCAGGAAGAAUAUAUGCACCCCUAUGUUCAUAGCAGUGCAGUUUACAAUAGUUAAGAUCUGGAACAGCCCAAGUGCCAAAAAAAAAGUGGGUAAAAAAGCUGAGGUUUCCCCUGCUGGUGGCUCAGUGGCUAGAGCACCAGCCAAGAACCAGAGUGUCCCAGGUUCGAUUCUGGUCAAGGGCACAUACCUAGCCUGCAGGCUCCCCACUCCAUUUGGGGUGCCUAUGGGAGGCAACUCGUUGAUGUGGCUCUCCCACGUCAGUGUUUAUCUCUUCUCUCCUUCACCCCCCUCCCUUCCACUCUCUCUAAAACCAAUGGAAGAAAUGGCCUCCAGUAAGAAUUAA